AGAAUGGAAGGGAGGGAGAGAGGUGAGGUGAGGAGGAGUAGCACAAAGUAGACGCUGUUCAUUUCAUUACACAUGGCUUUAUAUAUCCCCUGUACUAACUUUUAAGAGGCAGCUAUAUCGAUCUUUCCGCUCGUCGACCAGAGGAUUUUUCAGUGGGGCUUAAGUGAUUUUAUUCUACUGUAAAGUGAACAGAAAAGGGGAAGUUGAAGCUCGAGUGCGCGCGUCUGUAGCCUGUAGCGAAUUGCGUGUAGCAUUGCGCAUUUUGGACAACCUGUGGCAGCAGGUAACGUCCUGUGAAGGAAGCUCUAACUCACUGCGGUCAGAGUGUUUCGGAUUAUUCACGUGAAGUAAGCUUGAUUUCUUCUGGAUUUUUUUUUUUUUUUCAAAUUGGUCUACAGCAGCACCUUUUUAACUCCGCAUCUGAUAUUGGAGGACACUGGCGAUAAUGUAAAGCUCACAAAGAACAUAACCAACUCGUUUGCACGUGCAAGGUAAAGAAAACAUCUCUCUCUAUCUUCAGACAAAUAUUUUUACAUUGCACUGAAAAGUAUUCUGACCAGGACUAAGGACCCGGACAUAUUCGGAAGAAACUUCCCUUUUUGCAAGGAAAAGGAAAACUCUUCCAUGAAGUGAUGUCUUAAAGAAGGUACAGAGCUUCAGAAAUAUGUGAUGGUGUGUGAGUGAGUGUUAUUGCCAUGGGACAGAAGAAUCUCUGGCUUCUGUGUGUCAGACUUGCUUCCUUCUUGUAUCUUAUAAAUCCCUCAUUGAGUACUGAAACGGUGGUGAAAGGAAGAGUAGGGGGGACUGUAGAACUGGGCUGCACCCUCACCUCUACAUCGAAUGGGGUCAUGUCUCCGAAUCUAUUCCCUCUGCACGUGGUAGAGUGGGUGCGGCUGGGUUACAAUGUGCCCAUUCUUAUUAAAUUUGGAGACUACACACCACGAGUGCACCCAAAUUAUAAAGGUCGUGUGUCUCUGACACGAGGAGCAUCUCUUGUGGUUGAUGGCUUGACUCUAGAGGAUGAAGGCUGGUUUGAGUGUCGCAUACUUUUGUUGGACAGAACUUCUGAUGAGUUCAGAAAUGGCACAUGGACUUUUCUGUCAAUUACAGCUCCUCCAGUGUUUGUAAAGAUACCCCCUUCCAUUGUGGAGGUCCUUUCGGGGGAAUCACUCACACUUAGCUGUAGUGCACUUGGCAACCCAAAACCAACAGUCACCUGGAGAAAAGAAGACAACGCAGUGGAGGAAGAAGACAAAAUUCAGGUAAUCAAUGGAACCUUAUCUAUGGUCAAAGUUACCAGGGAAACAGCAGGAAUGUACAAGUGUCACGUCUCCAACUCUGAGGGAAACUUGACUCACGUUACUCAGCUCCAGGUUAAAGGUCCUCCAGUUAUUGUUAUUCCCCCUGAGGACACCAUCAUGAACAUGUCUCAGGAUGCAGUUCUGCAGUGCCAUGCCAAUGCGUACCCUUCAAAUCUCACAUACGAGUGGCAGAAAGAAGGACAUAAUGUCUAUAAUGUUGAAUCUUUGAGGUCUCGUGUAAAGAUCCUUGUGGAUGGUACUCUACUCAUUCCUGAGCUAAUCCCUGAAGACUCAGGAAACUACACCUGUAUUCCCUCCAAUGGAUUACUUACUCCACCCUCUGCUUCUGCCUACCUCAAAGUGAAAUAUCCUGCACGAGUGUUGCAGAUGCCCAGGGAGACUUACCUCCCUGCUGGUAUGGGUGGAACAAUUAUGUGCCCAGUUCAAGCUGAGCCUCCAAUGCUUUUUGUUAACUGGACCAAAGAUGGCGCCUCACUGGACCUACGCCAGUACCCAGGUUGGAUGAUAAACUCGGAAGGUUCCAUGUUUAUAGCCACAGUCAAUGAUAAUGCGGCAGGCAUGUAUACCUGCACUGCCUACAACAGCUAUGGGACUAUGGGUCAGUCUGAACCCACCAAAGUCAUUUUGAAGGAUCCCCCAUCAUUUCAGGUGUUCCCCAAGGUUGAGUACCUGCAGGAAGUUGGUAGAGAGCUGAUCAUUCCCUGCCAAGCCCAUGGUGACCCAGCACCUAAUAUUACCUGGACUAAGGUUGGAGGUACGCCUUACUCUCCAUUUACUGUUUUGUCCAGUGGUUCUCUGGUUCUGCAGCCGCUCACCAAAAACCAUCAAGGGGCAUGGGAGUGUCAUGCUACCAACUCUGUGGCAAAAGUCAGUAAAGGCACUAUGGUUCUAGUGUUAGGCACAAGCCCGCAUGCUGUGACUGCAGUAUCUAUAGAUCCAGGCAUCAACAAUGCCAGUGUAUCCUGGGAUCCUGGCUUUGAUGGAGGAUACACCCAGAGGUUCAGCAUCUGGGUGAAGCCCACUAAUAGAGGGAAACAUGAGUGGACCUCAAUCUCUGUCCCCUCAUCUGAAUCCAGCCUCCUUGUGACAGGUCUCCAGCCUGCCACCAGUUACCAGUUCAGCAUCUUACCCCAGAACAAGCUGGGUUCUGGCCCAUUCAGUGAGAUUAUCACCAUUAUGACACUAGCUCCUCCAACAGAUCCACCCACUGAAGUAACUGAUUUAGCAGCACUACUCGCUCCCACUUCACUGUCAGUCAAUUACACAGCAGUGGGUGUUCUGUUGCAAUGGCUGCCACCCCCUGCUCAGUCCCAACUGAUCACAGCUUUCAUGCUCCAGGCAAGACAGGAGAAGGGUGAAUGGGUUACAGUUGAUAGAGGAAUAAGUGUCAAUGCCACAGAAGUACUUGUCCAAGGACUGACAAGAGAUACCUGCUAUGAGCUGCGGCUGCUGUCACAUGGGGUUAGAUUGGUCAGUGAUCCCAGUGAAUCAGUUAAUAUCACUACUAAAGGUAUGGGGAUAUAUCCAGCCCCACCCAGCUUGUUGACUUUUGUUACUCAGCCCCUAAUGGCCGGAGUGAUUGCGGGAGGGUGCUUCCUAUUUGUGGCUAUCAUUCUUUCAGUGGUGACAGCAUGUGUUAUGAAUCAUAGGAGGGAACAGCACCUUAGAAAGAGACGAGAUGUUAUCUCUACUGCCUUACAGAAGACUCGAUCUCCACAAGCUAGCUUGCCUGAUGCCAGUCCCAACAGCAUACUGAAGAUGAAGUUAUGUCCUCCACUUAGCUUUUUUUCCAAUUCCUCUUUUUCUGACCAUUCAAAUCGCUCAUCCUUUGACAAGGGCAGCCAAAGUGAGUGUCAGGAUCAGAAGAAGCAACUUCUCCCCUCAUCAUCCCCACCACCAUGUUACACUCUCUUUGAGAGCCACCUCGGCGGCUCUCCAUCCUCAUUGUCUGUCAUUGAGUCUAUUUCUAGAGGACCGGAUGGGCGUUUCAUUGCCCAACCAUAUUUGGAGGAUUCUAAGGCAGUGCACAUUGAAGUAAAAAAACAAUUCCCUCAGUCCCCUGGACAAGGUAGUGGUGGAGGGAGCAAGAGUAGCUCUUUCCGAGACUCUCCUAAAUCCUGUUCUAAUAUGACAGAGAAGAGAGUGAUACAAGGUCCGCCAUCAAGAGCACAGGUCAGCCAUAGCAAAUGUCUAACACUGAUGAAAGAGCAAGAGGAGCUGAAAAGCUUCAUGACCAGCCACAGAGCACAAAAAUGUGAGAAGGAGCAGAGACAGACUAAGUCAGCAAGUCCUAUUAGAAGAUGGACAGGGGUUGAGAUGGAGGAACCCAUCUCGAAACCUCAAGACGUUCUUCUCCGGCAAAAAGCCCAGAGAACCAACAGCCUGACCCAGCGAGUUUCAGAAUAUCGGAGGGGUUGUUAUUUUGGCAGCACCAGCAGCCCAAUGGACAGGCUACUCACCUCCACAUCCCAAUGCAUUCAAUGGGACAUCAGCCCUGUGACCUCUCCUUCCAGUCAAGUCCCUGUUCUAAGCCUCUCAGAGGAGAAUACCUCUCACUGCAUGCUCCCAGACACACCACAUAGAGGUUUGAAGGGUGUAGAAGACUCCCCAGCAGACGACUUCUCACAUUCACCAGUUACACAGUAUACCUCCCUCUCAAUACUUUCCCACCAAAGGGACAGUCCUUCUUGCUGUGAGUCAGAUGUAAGUAAGGCACAGGCCAGAUGUCCAGAGAGAACAACAGAAAGGGAAGAGGAUAACUGGAGGCAGGAUAGGAAUAUAAAGACACAAGCAAUUGCCCCUAUGUCUACAUGCCCUGUCCCUUCCAGUUUUCAGCAUCUUGAGGCAUUUGAGAGAACAAAGUACCCUGCUACUGAAAGGGGAGAAGGAACCAGCCCUGAUAAACACUUCCCCAAACUCACAACUAACUUAAGCAACAAUUUUAAUGGUUGUUCUACCAUUACCUAUAAUAAUCAGAAGAGUGAUAGUGAGAACAUAAUAACAACUGCAGAUAAUCCCAGCUCCACAUCCUUGCAACCUGAAGAGAAGGAGGGUAUCAGGGCACGCUCUCGCAAGAGUGACAAGUGUGUCUUCAGUGUUAGUCCCAAUCACAUUUCUACUCUGCCCCUUUUUGAAAAUGAAGAUGAAAGUGAUCAGUCGAAUUCCUCAAUUAGAUCUGAAUUACUAAAAGCCAGAAUUGUGUCCCAACCUGACAGGAUGUCUCCUUUGCAACCAAGCACUAUUUUGGAGUAUUUGAGCCUGCCAGGCUUUGUUGAGAUGAGCGUAGAUGAACCUAUUGAGGAGUGUCAAAUGUCAGAAUCUACUUGGCUCAGCCCUGAACAAGCUGAUGGGACUCUCUUAAGAACUGAACCUGAUGUGGUUCCAAAGAACUGGGAGAAUCAAGGUGAUUACAACUUAGAGGAGAGUAAUGAUCAGCAAAGCAGACAUUUGGUGGACCUUAAAAUACCUGUCAUUUCUGUAGGUAGUUCCAUACCUGAAAAUGUAACUAGUUCUAAACCCUGUCUAGAGCUGGCAAAAGAAAAUACAAGUAUAAACCCAGGGUCCUCAGAGACAAAAUGUAUUUCAACACAGUGCUUAGCUUAUGGAAAUUGUCCACAGCCAUUGUUCUCUCACAAAAGCCUUGGUUCUGAUAAACCAACACGGUUGAGCCCAGCACAGCCUCCAGUGAGUACUAAAGUAAUCUAUAAUAUACCUUAUCAGUGUGAGAGUAGGGAAGAAUAUUUAUCAGAGCACACUCAGUGGUGUCAACCUCAGAAUAAGAGGACUAACCAAGUAAGUGCGCGGAUCUCUCAGGCUCCUGUGCCUUUUAUGAAGAAAUCAGUCAGCAUUGGUCCAUGUAGGAAUUUCUCAGAUAUGGGACAGCCUCGUCCAUACCUUAGGAAAUCUGUUAGUUUAGGCUCCCAGAAGUGGGACCAUCAUCAAAGCUCAAGGACAUAUGUCUCUAAUAACUGUUACAAAAGUGAGCUACCCAAUCUUAGUGAAGAUAAGUCUUACAACUUGGGUUGGACACCAGCCAAUUCUUAUUUGAGGUCUGGUCCCUCAUGGCAGGGGACAGAGCAUGCCAAAACUUACAGCAGUUAUGAGAGACCUUGCUACAGUGAGAGGCCAUACAUGACCCCUACAUCCCUCAUGCAUGCAUAUGGUCCAUCAGUCCUAGAUCCAGCAAAACUUGUAGAACCUUAUAGACAAGAGUCAGAUCCACGCCGACAAGCCACAGUCUUUCCAGAAUCUCUAAGGUGCCCACUGUCAUAUCAAGAGACUCUUAGGUUGGUCCAGCACAGGUAUGUCCCACAUGGUCCCCCUAGACCUAUUAGUGCACCCAGACUAGUUGCACGGUGGGACCAUCCUCGUCUUGUGGACUCCAGAAAGAGUUUUCAGAAGUCAUUCUUGCCUAGGGGUUACAGCUGGCCUUCACCCCACCAAGCAGCUUUUCCCUCGGGGAAGAUGCAGAGAGAAGUGUAUGGGGUGGUGGACAUGGGAGAGGGCAGGGACAGUACAGGAGACGGUGGACGUGCCAGUUAUGCCAGCCAGAGCAGUGGUAGGGGGAGUGUGGGGCCAUUUGGGCAACUCCGCCAGUCCCUUUCCAUCACUCCUACAUUAUUGAGCUCGCCUGAGACUACAGAGGAGUGUGAGAGGCACAAGAGAGAAUCAGACCUGCGAGAGCGAAGGUCAAAAAGUAGGAAUACAUCAGUAGAUGAGUGUUAUGAGUUUGAUGCUACUGAACGCCGAGUAGGCCUUGACCUCUUGGAGGCCUUGAAGAUGAAGCAGGAAGGCAUGAGGCAAGGGAGGGAGCUGAGGUUUGAUAGGCCCCUUACCAGCACUGGCCUCCGGGUUCUGCAGAAGAAAGGCCCAAACUCCUUCAUUAGUUUUCCUUCAGCCUCCCAGGGUCAACAAGAAUACAGUCAUUCACUUAGUGAAGCACGUUUCAAUGCCCUAAUGCAAGAGUUCCAGGAGUACCGCAGUGCCCAGGAAUCCUCCUCCCAAGACCCCUGCCCCAAUUCUGACUUUCACCAUGAGUCAGAGUCCGCCCUGCUUUGAAAGACCUACCUUGCUGUUAAUUUUGAACACCACUUUGUGACUACAGAUGUGCCUAUUAUGAAGCUAAUACUUUGUAGAUGAAAUAUGAGUUUGAUGCUACUGAAUGCCAAUACUUCCAGUGCCAAUUUCAGUAUUUAUGUUUUAAAUGUAAUGUUAUUUGGCUUAUCUGUGAAUGCUUUUGCUGAUCAUGAUUUUAGGAAUAACCUAAAUAUUCCUAAAUAUAACCAUAAAUAUUUAUCACCCAAAGGGAUUUUUUUAAUGAGAGACACUAAAUGUGCAUCAGUGUUUGAUAAGAUUUACUAGGAAAUUCUAAAAUUUGUAAAACAAAUUUAUGUUCUCAGGUGUUUUAUUCUUUUUGUAAUAUCAGGCGCUUGA